CUGACGACGACGACGACGACGACGACGAGUGACGGUGACUCUGGCGAGAGUAGGUACGCGGCACCCUCGCGCGGCGUGACGAUACCAAGUCCGAGGUUUUUGCGGUCGCCGUCGUCAUCGCCAGCGCACGUGCGUCGUCGUCCCGCCGUCAAUCGCGGCGACCAGAGGAUAUCGAAACGCAUCCGACCGCCGUCAUCACCGCCCCCGAUGCGCGUCUAAGGGUAGAUCUGCCCUUUUUUAUUUGCCCCAAAAGUGCGUAUUCCGUUAGCCACCGCACCGGCACGUGCUAUUUUCUCGCGGUAUAGGUACCCCCGACCACCGUUACCAGUGUUGUGGAGUAAUACCUCGUCACUACGCGAUGACUACUACCGCGGCGGCGACGACUUCGAAUCCGCGGCCGCGACGAACGGUCGUCGUCGGAGUGCAGCGUCCCGCGACGGCCGCGGUGGUGGUGCUGGCCGCGGUGGUGGUGGCCGCGGCCGGUGGCGGUGGCGCGUACGCGAAGCUCAUGUCCACCAGACCGGCGACCUGCACGCUUUCCGAAUUCGCGUGCACCUCCUCGUCGUCGUCCGCCGCCGACGAAGACGAUGACGACGCCACCGGAGCCGCCGCUGUGCGGUGCGUGCCGUCCAUCAGGUACUGCGACGGCCGGCGCGACUGUCCGGACGGGUCCGACGAACCGCACUACUGCACGCCGUGCAAUCGAACUUAUUACGGAGACGUCGGAAAAACGUACGAAUUUGAAUUACAUCGUCCAAAACCCGACAAGUUGCCAUUCAUCUGUUUUAUAAAGCUCGUUGCACCAGGUCAUCAUUUGGGAGAUCUAAUACAAGUGACUUUGGACAGUUUCACAAUCGGUCGGUUUGCUUCGUACACGAACGCCGGAUGUCCAGACGGCGACCUACACAUCACCGAAUCGGACAGGCCGGCUGUGUCGGGUGGCUGGUGCGGCACAUCUUGGGCGCCGGCCCACUACUACAGCGAAACGAAUUCCAUCACAUUGCUGGUCCGGUUGUACACGCUGUCCAGUCUGGACAACACAGGUUACAACUUCGACUUCCGUCUGGGCUACAAAAUGCUCAACCGGAACCGCGCGGUCGUCCGGUACGGCGAGCAAAAAAUGUUUGCAAGAGUAAACGAAUCGUUUCACAUGGGUGACCUAAUGGAGGGCACGUACUGCUCACGGAUAUUUAGCAACUGCGACAAGAAGAGGUGCGUGCUGCAGUCGCCUAAUUACCCUGGGCUCUACCCCCGAAACUUGACUUGCUACUACGCAAUCCGACAACACGCGAUACCGUACGGCCACCAGGCGCUAAUAUCUAUCACACAGCCGUACAGUCGACUGGUGUCGAUCAAGACGGACCGGACGAAUCCCGAAGAAGCCGACCCAAAGCCCGUUGAACGAAAGGACUGGAGUAAGUGCGACAAUGUACCAGAUUUUGUGACCGUUUAUGAUGGAUACACAACUAGAGAUCCAAUUUUGUUGAGGUUUUGCGGAUCCGGUGAAACUGUGCCCGUGACUACGUCUAGUGGGCCUGAGCUGUUAGUUCAGUUUUCUACGUCACCGUACGGCACUCUGAUGUAUCCGUUCGGCCCAUUACACGGAUUUCAACUUCAAGUACAAGUGCACUUUGUAGAGAUCGAAUCGAUCAAGUACACCAAAAAUAAGCGGUGUGAAUUUUGGAUACGGAACACGGGCCGUGGUUGGUUGCACGCGCCUUACCACUCUUUACCGGAGAACACGACUUGCUGGUAUCAUUUGCAAGCCACUCCAGCCGGUAUCGCGGCUGCCGGAUAUCCGGUGGAUCGUGAUUCCGGCUCCGGUCCCAGGUACAAGGUAUGGGUAUCCGUACUCAAGUUCUACGUGACAGGCCCUCAGACUCGAGACUGUUCGACCAACUUGAUGGUGUGGGACGGAAACUCUUCUUGUCAUCCAUUCUGCGAUUCGAGAAACGCCUCGUCGUCCGCGUACCAACACAACAACAGCACGCUGUUGGCCAACUACUGCCCCGGCCAAACGCCAAGGUCUUGCGAUCAUUUCCUAUUGACCCGGCAACAGCGUCCGUGCACGCUAUCCGAAAGUUUUCUGUCCACGUCCCGGUCGCUUACAGUUCAGUUGAACAUACAGCACGCCACGGCACUCAGACCGGUAUCGUUUAAAGCUCUCUACGAAUUCGUCGACCUGCACCAGGACGGAAGUUCGUGGCCUGAAACUGGGAGUAUGUGCUCCAGAAUAUUCCGAAGACCCACGCACUCGCCUUCUAGUACAAUAGCUAUCCGUUCACCAAAAAAUAUAUUUUUUUACGGAAGAGGAGGCAAUAAAAAUUUAAGUUGCGUAUUCAGGCUGGAAGGACAGCCCGGUGAUGUGGCUAAGGUGACAAUACUGAAGAUCGGUUCGGGUGACAGGAGUUGUUAUAGCCGUUUGAACAAAGACCGAGGUACUUUACAGUGCGUGGGUGACAUAGGAUCGUCUUUGAGAGUUUUGGACGAGGUAAACGGCCCAAAGACCAUGCUGGUGCCCAGACACUGUUUGUGUUCGACCAACACGUCCCUGUUGCCGUACACGUUCGUCACACUGGGCUCAAAGGCUUCGAUGGUGUGGGAUGUAUCCAACAUGAACUCUACCGAAGACUUCCGGCUUCACUUCUUCGAAGCCACCGUGCAGUUCGUCAGAAGAGAGGUGGUGCCGAAACGUUGCGAGGUGAAGAGCAACCUGCUGACUGGGCCUGGCGGCCAUUUCACGUUUCACUCGCAUCACAACACCACGUGCGAAUCUCACUUUGUCAUACUCACGCAACAGAAGUACACCAACAGUUAUCUGUACGCUAAAUUGCCCGGACUGGCGAUGCCGGAUUCGUCGCACGCGGUGCCCAACAACACACAGCACGUACACUGCCCGACCAACAAUCGGUUCAUAGUGCAUGCCGGCGACACGGUUCACACAGUCGUUUGUCCGGACCCGUACUACACAGUCGAGGUGUUUUCAGAUGGAUGGCACACCAGAGACAUAAUGUCGAAUUCUUCACGAGACAUCGUCAUCGAGUUCAUUCCAAUGGAUCCGGGUUCGUACACGGUUUCUUGGAUACAACUCUCGUCCAGGAUCCGAGCCGACGGCCCGUACUGCCACAGCCAGUGCCCGGAACUGGACGCGUGCAUCAACGAGUCGCUGUGGUGUGACGGCGUGGAACACUGUCCGUCCGGUUACGACGAGUCUUUCGGGUACUGCAUGCACCUGCUGUAUACGCACCUGGUGUACAGCAUCGCACUGACCGUGGCCAUCGUCAUCGUGGCCGUGUCGUCGGGGCUCACCGUCCUGUGGUUCCGGCGGUUCCGUACGUCGUCGUCGCCCGCGGCCGGCUGCCGGAACGCGUCCGCCAAGUCCGCCGAGACGGAGGCGGUCAUGUCCGGGCGCGACGUGGUUUACUGACAUAAGGUCAACGACGUAGUGCACUACGUCGAAUACGAUCGCGUCACCACCGUCUGAUCGGCAGCGGGCAAGCGACUCGAACGAGAAAUCUUCGCCGUCGUCGUAACCGUCAUCGUCAUCGUCGUCAUCAUCAUCAUCAUCAUCAUCGUCGUAACGCACGUGCCUCUUAUCAUACAUAAUAAUAAUAAUAAUAAUAAUAAUAUACCUCCACUAAUUUAUGACAUAAUUUCCGUAGCGUUGUGCCUGGUCAACACGUGGCUAGUACUCCAUACUAUUAUAGGGUAUAUAGCAAGAUACUGCCGUCUAUCAUUAUAUUAUUACCCGUAAAUGUAUAAUACCUAAGUAUAGCGACUUAUUAUUAUUGAAGGAUCUAUUAAGGUAUAUAGACAUAGAGCGUCUCGAACCACAGGAUAGUUUAAUGCGAUGGAAUUUCAUUUUUCGAGCAUUAUAUUGCCCCACACCCACCCACCCACCAAUCUUUCGCCGAACUGGCUUGGUGUUUUUUCGCGUAAGACCCGCUCUAGCUUGUGCCAAACCGGGAUAAUGGUAAGCCGGGAUAAUCACCAAAAGUGUACUAUCACGCAUUCAUGCGGUAUCCUAGGUCGAAAUACUAGCUUCGUGUAGACCGGGCAUUUGAGGAGAGACAUUUAUUAUUAUUUUUUGUACGUUUUCGGGGGAAAAAAAUCUGAUCUGAAAACGUCCUCUGCGGGUAUGGCCCAUUUAGUAGGUACCAAUGUAAAUUAUGGAGGUGCGGUGUGCAAUUAUAGUGGUACAGCGUUUUCGCUGCGAAAGUUGGUGAUUUACACGAAUACCGUAAUCCAAGACCGACACUCGUCGUCGGAGUAUUGAAUAUUUUCGGGAAAAAAAAAACAUUAUGUCACGCACCGUGUGGAAAUUACUUGGUUUAAAGGCGUGCGACUGAUGUUGUUCGCGUAUAUAUACUUUGUUAUUAUUAUAUUCUCUAUCUCUCUCUCUCUCUCUCUCUCUCUCUUUCUAGUUCAAAUCACAUGGUUCGCAGAAUUCGGGCAACGGAGUGCCAACGCCUCCUCGUGUACCCGUCCCACCCCACCCAUAGCCAAUAUCAACCCUGACCAGCGGGGCGUGAAAUCGACGUUAUUGCUCGGUCCAAACAUAUAUUAUCUGACCCGACCUAGUUAAUUCUUUUUACGCCAUAGACACCGCCACCGCCACCGCCGCCGUUCAACGGUCGCCAAAUUUCGGUCGUAAUUUUCUGACUCGUAAAAACAAAAUAUUCGAACCGUACAAUAUCGUUAUUAUAUUAUAUACGUACACUGCACACUCUCUUUGGACGGUGGCCGGUGGGUGAGAGGGAUAGAAGUGAGGGUGUAUAUCUCUAUCUGGCGGUAGGUUUUUUUUUGCACUUUCACGCGAAAGUCCAAUAUUAUCUCACAAACACGAACCCUCGGACGUACGAGAUUAAACUAAUAUAACGCGAUGCGCACAUUACAUACCGGUUACAUAAUAAUAAUAUAUGUCGGUAAAACUUCCCCUAGUUGUUCAACUUCCGCAGUCUAAAUCCCAACGAAACUUUCUACUUGUGUACAUUAUAACACGCAGUGAUUUUUUUCAUCACUAAACUGUCAUUUUCUAGGCAAAAAUUUUAUUUUAUUUUUACUUUUUAUUAAAAGUUUGUUUAGUUUUUUAAAUCUUUUAAUACUUGAACCGACAAUAUACAUUUUGAAUAUGGUAUUAUUCCCAAUUGGAAAAUAAUAUUGUCCGAUUAUUUCAAUGUAUGAAAAUCGCACGUUUUCGAACCAAAGUCGAUUAGCAUUAUAUUAAUUUAUGAACUCAAUAUAGAAUGAUACAAGGUUAGAUACCCAGUAAGCUGUCGGCGCACUCAGCACUGUUCCGCUUAUCUAAACUUUAAUAGGUACUUAUAAAUAUUAUAAGUUUUGUUCGUGAUUCAAAGUUAGAUUUGUACGUAUGAAAUUAAAAUAAAAAUGAUUUAAGAAAUUUAAAAAAAAACUUAGUUGCAAUGAAUUGAAAUUAUUAAUUUAAAAUAACAUUUUCAAAACUGACAGUUUUUUGAUUAAAAAAAUAAUCACCAGCAUAUAAAUAUUGUGUAUAUUAAUGAUAUUAUAUAUAUAUAUAUAUAUAUAUAUAUACAAGUAUACGUCAAAUUUACAGGCUUUUGCGCAUUUUUCAUUAAAUAUACGUAUGUAUACCUCUUAUAAAACUUAUAUAACGUACAUAUAUUUCGUGUUCCAUUUGGACCGAACCGCAAAGAGAUCAUAUUUGGAAACCUGUAAAGAGCGUGUGUGUAAGAGCAUCUACCUAUAUAUUAUUACCAGCUAUAAAGUAUAUCGCAAAGAUUUACUAAUUUAUAAAAUGGAGGUGUAAUUGAAUCUAACCAUUGGAUCUCCCCCCUCACAUUUUUAAUUAAUUAGUAAAUUGUGUAUGGCUAUUAUUUUUUGUUGUAAGUAGUUUAUAUAGUAUAUGUGUAACCUGCACAUGGGACGCGUAUAUUAGGUAGCCAUUAGGUGCAAUCACGAUGUACAAAGUUGUUCAAAAGAUACGUCUUUUUUAUCCUUCAAUAAUACAUUUACUUGAUUUUGGUCACUCUUACAAAUAGAUACAUUUACACUUAUAAAGAUCAUAUUUUCAAAUACUUAGAUUUCGAUUAUAAUUAAUGAUCAGAACGUAUAUCCCAUAUAAAUAAUUUUUUUCAUAUAAAGGCCACCAUUUUUUACUGUACUGUAAAUUGUCAAUCUGAUGAUUUCUUUUUAAAUUAUACCUAAUUAAUUUAAAUCGAAACUCAAAUCGUUAGUUUCUGAGUUAUUUAAAUUUAAUGUAGUAGGGAUAGGAAAUAAGAGGAUAGUUCUUUUUAAUGGUUUUAUAUAAAAUAAAUAGUACUUAUUAUAAUAUUCAGAUGAUUCGAUAAUUUUUUCAAAUUACAUAAUUUCAAUAAAUUAAUAAUUAAUUACUUACUAUUAUUUUUAAAUCAUCAAAUGAUUUAUAACUUUUAUUAACUUAUUAUUAUGGAUUAGUAUCAUUAAUUACUCAAAAACUACUUAUAAAUUAUUAGAAUUCGAAUUUUAUAUAAGUACAACAACAUUUUCAUAUUCAUAAUAAAUAUGAUAAAUUUUAAAUAAAAAGGGUCAUCCUCAAAUGAAAAAAAUUAAUUUAUACCUCAACAAAACAAUCCUUGACUUGCAUAAAAUAUAACUUUUUUUAAUAUGAUCAUUAGAUAUACUUAAAAAUUAUAAACAUAAAAACUAAAUCAAAUCUAUUAUUGAGGGGGGGCAUAAGGAUGAUCAAAGGAGAUACACAUGCUUGGCGACUCAAUCUGUAGGUAUAGGUUUUUCAGUUUUUAUGCGCUAACAACUUUUAGAAUCAUAUUUAUCUGUAUUUAUGACUUCCAAACAGCGUAUAAUAUAACAUUAUUAUACGAGUAUGUAUAAUAUUUACACAAGAUUACUACGAAUUCUUUGUCAUUGGAAUUCAUUUGCCAUUUCUAUGUUCUUUUGGAUAUAAUUUAAUGUUUUGUUAAACCCUGCAAAGUCAGCAUGCAAAUACGUUCGUAUCGUUGAGGAUGUUGUAUACUUUUACGAGGUAUAAAAGUAUUUAAAUAACUUUGUUGUUAAAUAGUUUUAAGGAUAUCAAAGAAAAAGUCGUAUUAUUGUUACAGGCAAAAGCAGAAUUUAUUAAUAAUAUUUAUUAUUCGUUUAAUGGUACACUUUAUUAUUACAAAGUUUUUUUUUAUAUAAAAAAUUGCCUUUAAAAUGUGUUCACGGUAUAGUCAUUACACAAUGGUAGUAUUAUAUAUGUAAUGAUGUAUAUAUUUUUUAAAGUUUUUUUCGUAAGUAUAAUUAUAAAUCCAACCCAAUUCAUCUUAGUCUCAGUUUAUCUAUUUAAAGGUAUCUACUUAAAAUUUGUCUAACGCUCUAACGAACAUAAGUCGAGUGUGUUGCCGGGUUUAUUAAGAUUUGUUUUGUUUUUGUAAUUUACACUAAUGGAUUUCUAAAAUCUAUCGUUAGCGCAUUAUACUUUAAAGGCGAUUACGAUAAAUAGAAAGAUAUUUUAGGUAUACACUUCAGUGAUCAGUAUGUUGUGCAUACUGAAUAUGUAUAAUGCACAUUUGUUUGUGCCAACUUCGACAAGCGGAUUAGGAAAGACGAAUAAAACGUUUAGUAUAAAUGUAUAAUAAAGAGGGCAAUGAAUGUAUAAAGGAAAAUCGAUCUGAAAUAAAUAAUCUGACUACAGUAGUCAGUAAGCAUAUUAUAUAAUAGUUAUGUUUUUUCUGUUUUGCAUCAUUCCGAAGUAUUGGUGAUUGACCAAACGACCAAUAUUGAAAUUAUAUUAGUGUUCGAUAGGUAUGACUUACAAGUUAAAAGGUUUGAUAGUUUACGAAAUAUCAAAAAGAUUCAAACGAUUCAAAACUGGUGAUAAAUAAUAAAUUCGGCUUUCAGUUUAUAUACUUAAUACGAAUACUAUUAUAUAGGUAGGUACAUAUGAAAUAGUUAUGUUUUAAUCUACAUAAUGUUAUAUUAUAUAAAAGCAAUGUAUUUUGAUAAAUGAUAAACAAUUAGGAAAUAUAAAACUAUAGUUGUUAAGAUGAGUUCGUUCUUGUUUAUUUUUUUUUUCGUUACAAAUUUUACUAUCAUGUUAAUAGAAUGUACUCAUAUAGGUACAUUUUAAAUUAUAGACUAGAACACAUACUACAUAAUUACGAUGUUUAGCAAUAACAACCGAUUAUUAUACACGCACAUUAUACCUGUUUAAGAAAAUGUCAGCGCACACUAUUUGUUUUCUCUCUCCGACGCCCACGCGAAACACUGCAAAUUAGCGUUCAACAUAACCGACGAUGUGUUUGUUAACCCUGUAUACUAUUGAAGUGAAUUGACCUUUUGUAAGGAUUAUUUGUGUUUUCAUUUUUAUGAUUUUUCAAUUAUUUUCUGAGGCAUUUCGUAUAUGGGCAUUUUAAAAUUUUAAUAUUUUACAUAGUACCUACUCAUAAUACUACUGCAUUGGAAUUGAAAUAUCAUAAAAAUCCAUUAAGCACACACAGAUAAUGUUAUUAACUUUAAGCUAAAUCGUUCACUCUAAUCUUAAAGCUUACGAUGGUAGAACACAAGAUUGGUUCGAAUGAACUUAAAAUAUUUCUGUAUGGUUGUAUAUGGUCCAUAUGGGUCAGACAUAGGAAGAAAACAAAUAGUGCGUUCACAUCUUCUUGAUAAUAAAUACAUAAUACAUAUUAUUAUGUACAUAUGUCAGACUAACAACAUAAUAUUAAUUUUAAAAUAAAGUAUAGGUAAUUAAAAAUCAGGGUAAAAGAUAAUGAUUUGAUGUUAUAUUUAAAAUAAUUUUACAUACCAACCUAUAUAUUAUUGCGGGCUAGAUCGUCAAAACUAUUUAUAAGUUUAACACCAUAACAUUUGAUGACGAGUAAUAAUAUAUUAAUAUUAUAUUAUGCUUAAUUAGCGAUGUUUUAUUCGAUGGGAGCCGAAUCGAAUAUUUCUUUAAUCUUUAUAUAUCGUACCUAGUACCUACUGUUCUCAGUUUAUUUAUAUGAUCAUAACACACUUCAAAAAAUCGGAGGGAAAUGUGUGAUUAUAUAAUAAUUAGGAAACGGAUUUAAAUAUAAAUUGCAUUUUUUUUUAAUGUCUGAAAAUAUUACUUUCCAAUCACGAAGUUCAUUUCAUAGAUCAGGAAAUUAAAAAAUGUAACUUUUAUUUUGCAUUUUUUGACAUUUUUUAUUUUUUUAAAUAAUUGUAUACAGAAAUUGAUAAAAUUCAUCAAAAAUUAAGCAGCACCUGAUUAUACAGUGCUAUUAUGAUUUAUGAAACACAAGGUAAAAAUAUAAUGAAUGUAUCAGGAAUCUAUCUAAACUGAAUAUUAAUUUUUCAGAGAAAAAAGAUAGGAGAACUAGAAGACGAUGAAAAUAAUGCAAAUAAUUAAUAGGUACCAAAGAAUAAAUUUAUAUAAUUAAAUACAUUUUUUCAAUGUUAAAAAUAAUUUUAAGAACAUUUUUUUAGUGAAUUCAAAAAAAAAAUUCUGUUGUGAGUGCAUUUAAUCGUAUUUUUAAGGCAUUUUUCUUGUUUUUUAAAGCAUUUAAAUCCGUUCCCUAAUAAUAAUUAAUAUUAUAAAAUAUAAAAUUUAAAGUUGUAUAUAUACUCACAUUUACAUACUUAUAUGCAAUAACACGUAAAACGUAAUAAUAUGUAUUAUGUAUUUAAAUAUAAUUAUAAUGUUUUUAAUAGGUAUUGCGUUACAUACACAUUAUAUAUACACCGGAGUGCAUUUUUUGAUAAACAUAUAGUUGUUUUGAUUUUUACAUUGUUCCGAUUAAAAUGUUUAAUCCAGAGUGCUUCCAGGUGUUAGUGAUACUGUGUACCUUACUCGUGGACAAAAACUAUGUUAAAUAAAUAGGUAUAUAUUUUUUUAAUUGAUAUAUUAUAUAUUAUAUGAAUAAUAAAUAUAGAAUUUCAAUACCUACACAGAAUAUUGUAACAAUAUUGAUGGUAGGAUAUAAUAUUUUCGACUUAUUAACCGACUAAAGAUUAUGUAGUGUGUACAUAAAAUGUUUAUCGAUAUUGAACAUAUCGUUAAUUUUUCGUUGUAAUGUUUUCAAUAAAUAUUACGUAUAAGUACCUACUGUAUAGGUAGGUACCUAGUUAGGUAAAUCAAAUUGUUAUAUAAUAUCGUUGUACGCAUCACUUAUUACACAUCAACGAGUUCUAUUUUCGUAGUAAAUUUUUAUGUUGAAUUGUUGAAUCCAACCAAUAACUGUAUAAUAAUAUAGUUAUUAUUAUUAUUAUAUUAUACAAAAUAAUAUAUUAUAGUGUCAAUCAUUUUACAAUAAUCUUAUAUUCUGUAGAUUGUAUAGGACCUGACAACCUGUAUAUUAUGAUAUGUAUAUUGAUGAAUGAUUUUGGUUUGGUUGUGUAUUUUUUUUUUUUAAUUUAACAAAGUUAUCGUAUAAUUGGUUAAUAUUUAAAUUAUUCUUUUUUUAUUUUAAAUAUAUUUCCCCAUCUCAACAUCAUUAGACAAAGUCAUAUAGACACAUUGCAUUGAAUGGAUUUACAUUCAAAAUAUAAUAAUUCAAUUAAAUACCUAUUAAAUUAUUAUAGAUACUUUGUUCAUGAAAAUAAUAACUCAUUAGAAAUUGAGAGUUAAUAAAUAAAAUAUUUAAAAGUACCUAUAUAGUAAAUAUAACGUACAAUAUAACAUUAUAUUAUUUAUAUUAUAUAAUAUAUACCUGUACCAUAUUAUUAAUAAUAACGUUUACUUUUAAAAUCUUGUAUAAUAAUUUGUAUGAGAUAAAUGUCGACGCUUUGUCAUUUUAUAAUAAUGGUCGCUGAAAUUAAGAACAUGCAUUAUAUAUUUAUAAUAUACAUGUAUAUAUUAUUUUGUACAUUCACUUGUUAAAUAUUCACUUAAAUAAUCGUUAUUUUGCGUAUAAUAAAAUAUUAAAAUUUUAUUAUUAAUUAUUAUAUAGACGAAAUCGAAAUUGAAAUUUAUUGUUAAUUUUGUAUUUAUAUAUCUUCAAUUUGUUAAAACUUAACCAAUUUUAUUAUGGUACAUAAUUUAACUGUAAAUAUACAUUGGUAUUAUCCAUAGACCAUAGUAUAUGUAAAGAUCAAAAAAAAAAGUUGUUACACUGGAAAAUUAAAUAAAAUACAUAUAGAAAUCAUGUCA